AUGUUCAAAUAUUCUUCACGUACAUUAUUAAAAGCUACAUCUUCAGCUGCUAAGCCAACUGUUGCUUCCAUUGGUUCCAUUAGAACUAAAUACUCAUUGCCAGAAUUGGACUAUAAAUUAGAUGCUUUAGAGCCAUACAUUAGUGGACAAAUCAAUGAUCUUCACUACCACAAACACCACAAGACUUAUGUUGACAACUUGAACAAGUCAAUUGAAAGUGCUGUUGAAGCUAAGUCCAAGGGUGAAGUCAAGAAACUCGUUGCUUUGCAAAAAGCCAUCAAUUUCAAUGGUGGUGGUUACAUCAACCAUUGCUUGUGGUGGAAGAACUUGGCUCCACAAAGUGCUGGUGGAGGACAAGUUCCUAGCGAGGAUUCAGCAUUGGGUAAACAAAUUGCUCAACAAUUUGGAUCAGUUGACAAAUUGAUUGAAAUUACCAAUGCCAAGUUAGCUGGUAUUCAAGGUUCAGGUUGGGCUUUUAUUGUAAAGAAUAAGGAAAAUGGUGGUCAAAUUGAAGUUAUUACUACCGCUAAUCAAGACACUGUUACUGAUCCAAGCUUAAUCCCAUUGGUUGCCAUUGAUGCUUGGGAACAUGCUUAUUACUUACAAUAUAAGAAUGUCAAAGCUGAUUAUUUUAAAGCCUUGUGGAACGUUGUUAACUGGAAAGAAGCCGAAAGAAGAUUUGAAUUCUAA